AUGUUAAAUGCAGCUGAAGCGGGAGAAACUCGAUUCCGUUUGGCUGCUGAAAGUGCUGAGAAAGCUCAACUUUUAACUGCUCUACUUCCAGCCGCUAUUGACGCGACAUCCUAUGAUUUAAAAGAGAUGCUCAAUCGCUAUAAAGACGUGAUGCAACUCAAUGAGGAGCUGUUACUGGGUUGCCAUGUUAGAAGAGCGUCGCAGGCGCAAACUGUCGCGUCACUUCAGAACUUACAUACCAUCCUUCAACAAGCAGCUAGACUUCGAGUUGGGAAACAUAGCAAGGCAGUGGUACUGGCUUGUCGAAAAGCAGUACAGGACAACAACGUUGAAGCCUUGAUAAAAAUAUUGCAGGUGGGAGAUACAUAA